AGAGUAGCAAGGAGGAAAAGCCAAGCACUUAAGAUCAGCAAAAAAUUAACAAUGAAUCCCUUGACUCUGAGUAGAAGGAAGUCUCCCCUUUCGCUUCCAAUUAUAAAGCCCCGUUCUCGAAAUUCCCUCAGAAACCAUCACAAGGAGAGAGGAAAGUCGAAGUACCCAUGCAACCGCAUGAAAAGGCUACGAUCAGAGAUGGACGAAAUAAGUGUGGAACAAAAAAAGAUCAGAGAAGGGCAAAGACAAGUAAGAGAAAAAUUUGAAACCGUUGAAUUGGAAUGUGGCCAACUCCGCAAGCAGACUGACCUUAUAGUGCAGCAGAGUGUGAACACCCAAAUCCGGCUUGCUGUCAUGUUCCAAAUCUUGAAGGCAAGAGAAAACCAAGAGUUUGACAAGGCAGCCAAACUCACUUUCGCUCUCCGAGAACUGAUAGCGAGAGAGAAUCAGCAAAAGGAAACACUUUCAAAUAAAUAAAGGGUGGAUGAAAGUUCUAAGGAAAACCAAUAUUUCAUUUGCUGCUGUUGCAUUCAAAUCUUCGCGUUUGCUUGUUUUGGUGUAAUUGGUGUCGCUGUUUUAUGUUCCCUAUGUUCUUCAGUGUGGUCAUCGUCUUUACUUCUACUUACCGUAUGUGUUUUAGGGGAUUUGAUGUUGUGUUGAGUUUCCCUACGGAUAUUUCUUUUUUUUCUUUUCGUGGAAAAUGAGUUUCCUAUAUAUUUCAAUGUAUUGACCAAAAGAAAGAAAUAAGAAGUUAUCGUUAUUUUCAAGUACGA